AUGGAUGCCGAUGUCGAUGCGAUCGAUAUCGAUGAUGAUGAUGACGACGAUGCUGGUAUAGUCAGCAUCUCCAGUGACUGCCAAAGUGAGGACGAUGACACCCUCACUGGUGAAGACAACGUUCGGUCAGCAGUGCACACGAAGCGCACUGCUGUUGACAAGGAUGAAUCAGCAGAGGAAUUUCUGCUGACUCGCGAAGCGGUUGUCCGCUUCGUUUAA